AUGAAUGAGAAGCAACAGCCCGGAGACGGCCAUGUCUCUCCGAGCCAUCCGUCUCCGAACGCUCCUGAAGCCGGACACAACACCACACCCCGAGAUCCCGCGACCCUCGGCCGGCACAGUCUUCAAAUAACCCAGGGCCACAAGCCCGCCGCUAAUCCAGAUCGAAUCCAAACCGGACCAAACUCCGACAAUAACCUCAACAAGCCAACCCUAUCCUUCGACGAGAAGAAGUCAAACAGCCUGCCCGACAGCCUCAACAACAACAUACCCCCAACAUCGCCGACACAGCGAAAAACAAGACAAAGCCAUGACUUCGACCGCCGCUACGACGGCCCCUUCGCCAGGCCCUUCCUCACAAUGGCCCGCCGAUCCUCCCUAACCUCACCACGACCAUCAACACACCAACCGCCAUCACCAACAACCUUAUCACCAGCACAACCACCACCGAGUUUCCAACCGAGACCGCCGCCCCUAAACUACACCCUCCGCACCCGCAAACUCUCCAUCGCCCUCUUCUGGGCCCUCAUCCUCUUCGACUCCAUCGCCAUGCCGAUCGCCCUCUACUUCGGCCUCUGGUACGGCGUCGGCCCGGGCACCAACACGCCCACCGAGAAGAGGGAGAAGCUGAGCCCCAACGCCGUCUUCUCCAUCGUCACCGCCGCCGUCGGGGGCGCGAGUAUCGUCGAGUACUUUUUGCGCUUCUGGCGGCUGUGGAGGAAGGGCAGCACGUGUCGCGUGAUGGGCGCGCAUCGGUGGUAUCUGGAUUGGUUCCAUUGGAACUUCUCCUUCGCGUGGAUCAUCAUCAUGAUCGAGCUCAUCGUCGGAACCGUCCCGGAACACCCUCCAAUCCGCCUCCUCUCCAUGCCCGUGACCACGAUGCUCUACGUCUUCGGCACCGAGCUCCUCCUCGUCGACGCCCUGCGCGCCUUCCGCGUCCCCGCGCCCUGCCGCGUCUCCUCCGUCCCCAGGGGCGCCCAGCUCCGGCCCGGCAUCUACAGCCUGAUCGAGGACAUCUGCGCCGUGGACGGCUCCGGCGGGACCGAGUUCCGCGCCGCUCUGGACCGGCGGUACGAGGCCAGUCACGUCUUCCGGGCGAUGCUGAGGCGGCUGGGGGUCUUCUGGGCCGUCGGGGCCGAGGCGUGCGCCGUGCUCUGCACCAUCUUGAUAUUCACGCUGAGCGGCGAUGUGGCGUAUACGAUCGGCUGGUCGUUGCCGUUUGUGUGGGCGGGGGUCUGGACGGCGGUGACGUUUUGGUAUGUGGAGCGCGAGUUGGAGAGGGAGGCCGAGGGGUGGGCGGAGGAGGCGAGGAAGGGUGUUACUGAGUGUGCGUGA